CAGGAGUUAGUAUCCGAUUCCGACUCCAGACCCAGUCCAGUCCAGUCGGUCUUCAACACUAGACGAGUGCAGAUGUGGCACGGAGUUCUUGAAAAACAACUCUUUAAAAGCAAAACUGGUCGAAAUAAAAUACUAGACUGGGCAGCUGUUAACUGCAGUAAGUGAGUACUGGAUAAAGUACUUUAAGGACUUAUUUCCAGUAAAAAACCUGAAAAGUUUUCAAGUUUUAUUAAAAAAUAGAAAAGUGAUUGAAAACUGUAGAAUAAGAAAGGGAAACGACGAGUUUUAACCAUGACGUGAAAAUAUGCAUUAUUACGCGUCCUGAGCAGAACAGUAAAGCGAUGGCGCCUCCUGAGAUUCUAACAAGACGAUGGAGGAAACUGAAGAAACGUUGUAGCUUCUCCGCUAGUGAUAGACUAGUCCGGAGUAAAUCCUUUACGGAGCAGGACGUAUUGAAGGGAGAGCAGACUCUCUCCAGGACGGAGCAGGAGGAGAGAGAUAAGUAUCUCACGGUUGGAUCUAGAGAUGUAAACAAGUUCCAGGGAAUUAGGGAGAAGAUUUCCCAGUGGAACAAUGACUUUAAAAAGAGAAGAUCAACAGAAAACCUUAAUUUACAAUCACGCGUAGAGCAGGGUUCAGAGUUAAGUAAAUUUAAUCAUGAGGAGCGUGAAGAUUCUAUGUUCGUUCUUGCAUGCCCGGAGCAGGGUUAUGUGAAGAGUGCAUUAGUAAUCAGUUCCAACACCAAAGAGAGUAGAAUAUCUCCCAGAAAUUCAACUCCUAAGAAACCAGGAUUACCAGGUGUACGGAGAGAACGACAAGAUAGUUCUCCUUGGUCCACACCCAGUCCCAGCCCACCAGCAAGUGAUGAUUCAAGUGAUUUUAGUCACGAAAACCAAAGAACUGACUCCUACACCUCCCACUCUGCCCUGUAUCAGGACCAGGACUCGGGAUAUGACGGUUUCUGUCCGGAAAAAUCAAUUUACUCCACAGGUUCAUCAGAAACAAGUUCUCUCUUAUCCUCUGAAGGGUUGGAACACUCUCCGGGUACACAUUUCUCCGAUCCUUUCUCUAAAUCCCGACCUCGACCAAGACCCUCUCCGAUUUAUGAGAAACAUGGAGACUACGGGAUGAGAGAUCAGUCUGUUGGUCACUACGGGACAAUCACUCCUCGGGCUAAAAUUGCUCAGGCCACUGUCAUAAACCUAGUCAAGACAAGGAGUUUAUCUCCAGAGUCUCCCCCACCCCUUCCGCCCCGCCCCUCCCUUCUUGAUUGUCCCUCCUCCCUUCCUCCCCUCCCCAACCCGAAACCUAGAACCCGUCAGAUAUUACAUGGCGCGGUAUCUCUUCCAAGAAAGAGAACUGAUUUCCAGGAUAGAGCGAGGCGAAGAGAAAGCUAUCAUGACUCCGAGCACACGAAUACUAGGAAUGAUGAUCUGAUUCUUGAACCUGAAGAAAAGGGUGUAGAGGGUUCCAGGUUCUGUACUCUACCCCGACAGAAGAAGAACCAAAGUUACAGUAUCAAGAAUAUCAGUUUUGAGAAAGGUCCUGGAAACCGGAGCCUAGGGUUUACUGUUGUCGGAGGGAAGGAUUCUCCGAAGGGUUCCAUUGGAAUCUAUGUCAAGAGUAUAUUUCCCAACGGACAAGCCAAUGGAUUAUUAAGAGAAGGAGAUGAAAUCUUCUCAGUUAAUGGUCGGUCAGUGGCAGGACUCACUCAUCAGGAAGCUAUUCAUAUCUUCAAGGAGAUCAAAAUUGGAACCAUACAAGUAACCAUCGGGAGAAGAGAACCAAAGAAGAUCAUUAAAAUCAGUGAGAAUCUGUAAAGUGUGUUCUAAAGGUACCCUGAUAUAAGGAGAGAUUAACCACUGCAAGAAUGCAGAAAUUCAUCCGACAACCAAGUUAUUAGUUUAAGGUUUAAGACAAUGCAGGACUAAUUUGUUAGAACUAGAGAACAUAAGAUCCAGUCAAGGAUAUUUAUGAGAGAAACUGAGUUUGGAGCUCAGAGUAUAAAAUCCAUAUGGCUGGAGAACACAUGUGGAUACCUGGGAUGCUUGUGUCGUGGGAACUAUGCUCCGGGUCUCACAGCUUCCCAGCUCCGGAAUCUUGAAACCCUAGAUCUCCGGUUCCCAAGAGAAACAAAUAUUUCCCAUGCGUCCUGACUUAAACCCUGUCCUUUCCCCGGCUGUGAUAAAAGAUAAAUGAUUAAAUGUUUGUGGCAUUUUACAAUUAAAUCAUGAAAUAUAGUUAAACUAAAAUUC